AUGGCAUCUAGAGCAUUUUCAACCAGUGUGAGGCACUUGAAGAAGCUCAAGUGGACACGUCAAGGCACAACGCAAGACGUCACUUGGUUGACCGAAUCGAUGGAUGACACUGUUGACCAUGUCCCUGAUAGUGGCAACCCUCACUCGACUCCCUCGAAAAAUGAUCCUUAUCAUGGGUCUGUGGAGCUCUUUAACAGCGCCGGGCAGCGCAUAACAUCAGCGCAUGUUUAUCCAAACGGAUACGUGAAGUUCUCGAAGGAAGCCAAAUACCCACCUUACAAAGGAACACCGCAUCCUAAGGCCCCCGUUCUCCCUAUAUCUGACCCUGCUGGCACCGCAAAGUCUGGGAAUUGA